AGGAGGAGGAGAGACUGACGGACUGGCACGAAUUCCUCAACGCUCCUCAAAUUUCCUGAAAUCACGGACCUCCUGCUCGACUCGGUCGCGACAAACAUCCAGACCAGCUCCCACCCUAUCGAGCAGAUAUCCGAGCGGAGCAGCUUUUACAAAAUGAUGUUGCGAAGUGUCGCUGUUCUCCUGCUGCUGUCCGUGGCUCUCUGUAACGCCGAGGAGCUGCACAGCAAGAGCAAAGUGUGUGCCAAUGUGUUCUGUGGGGCCGGCAGAGAGUGUGCUGUCAAUGAGAAGGGGGAACCCAGCUGUCUGUGUAUAGAGACCUGUAAGCCCCACAAGAGGUCAGUGUGUGGCAGCAAUGGUAAGACCUACAGGAAUCACUGUGAGCUCCACAGAGAUGCUUGUCUGACCGGCUUGAAGAUCCAGGUGGCCCACGAUGGGCACUGCCAGGAGAAGAAAACAGAGCAGGCAGCUGCCAGCCCAGUGGUGUGCUAUGCUGCUGACCGUAAUGAGCUGAGGAGCCGCGUGAUCCAGUGGCUGCAGACUGAGGUUGUCCCAGAUGGCUGGUUUGUCAAAGGAUCCAACUUCUCUGACAUCUUGCUCAAAUAUUUCAAGUCUUAUGACAACGGCGAUUCUCAGCUCGACUCCUCAGAGCUCCUCAAAUUCAUCCAGCACAAUGAGUCGGUUGUGGAGUUGCAGUCUUACGCAGACCAGGAGAGCAACAAGCUGCUCAGGAGCCUGUGCAUUGAUGCCCUCAUUGAACUCUCUGAUGAGAACGCCGACUGGAAGCUGAGCUUUGAUGAGUUCCUCAACUGCUUGAAACCUGGCUUCAAUCCACCAGAGAAGAAAUGUGCACUGGAGGAUGAGACAUAUGAGGACGGAGCAGAGACCCAGGUGGAGUGUAACCGCUGUGUUUGUGCAUGCGGAAACUGGGUCUGCACUGCUAUGACCUGCACUGACAAAAUGGCGGCUGUGGAUGAGUCAGCAGAUGCUGGAGCAGAGAUGACUGAGGAGGAGUGGAACCUCCGUGUGGCUGAGCUCAACAAGCACCAGGAAACAGUUGAGAAAAUGAAGACCAGCACAAAGGAGGCCUAAAUAAGGACGCAAUGAAGGGGAUGCUGCACGCCAUCACCCUUCUUCCAUACUUGAUUUACCUUGUGGCCGUGUGUUGUUAAAAACUGACUUUUUCAUGUUUUUCUGCUAUGUUAAUUAUUAUACAUUUUUUACAUUGUUUAAGUGUUUGUGUUGAUGUUUCUUAGAUCCAGGGGGCUGUCAAGGAGUAUAAUAAGAUUCCCUUGUGUUCAGUACUGUCAUUUUUGAUUGUAUUAUUGUGCCCCCACUAGCCCUGGGGCUAUUUUUACUACAAUCCUUAUAUUUUUACAGUUAUUCUUAAACAAACUGACAAGUUGUCACUGUUUUGGAAUGUGGAAGUCACUGUUUGAGAAGGUUGUGAGGUUAGGAACUUGGAGAAUCCAGCUGUUUAAAUGAGGGAGCAGCACGAUAUGGAGAAAGCUGACCACAGGACACCUGGUGCAGCAUGUUUCUCAGCACCCUCAUUGAUUUUAUGAUCAGGAGGUUGGUUGAAGAAGCUGGGCUAAGGGGGUAAAGCUACUAGUGAUUUUGGUGCCAUUUAGAACUGCCAUAGUAGGCCACUACUUGACCAAUGCACUUCUCCCUUUUUCUUUCUAGCUCGCUCUCUGUCUUUAGUUUAUCACAAGCCUGAAAUUUAUUUCUAUCUUAGUGCUAAAGUAAUCAUUUUUCUGCAUACAGUAUGUUAUUGGCUUGAGUUGAAACUCAUCUUGCCUCCAUGUUAUGCUCAGGCAAGUCUCUCUGGUGCUUUUUGGUCAAACAUUUUUCUACCUGUACCGUACAUUUAUGGUCCAGCUUCGAGGGCGAAGAGGCACAACUGCAGCCAAGUGAGACCUGAUCUGACUAUAGCAUGGUGAAAACUGAAACCAAAGUCUUGAAGGCGUGUUUGAAUGAUGAUGUACAAAAUUCUCCAGGUAAACAUUACUCUGGACCCAGCAACAACACUAUACCUGUGCUUUCAAAAUCACUCUAAUAGCAGGAAUAGCCUCACUGUCAACUAAAGUAGUUUAGGCGCAUCAGUAACUGGGUGCAUACAAAGCGCUUGUGUGUAUGUGUAUGUAUGUGAUUGUGUGAUUGUGAGAGUGCUGUUGAAGUGUGAUGCUGAGAGUAGUUGUAGUUUGUUAAAUAUGUUUAUUUGUUAAAAUCCUGUAUCUUAAUUGGGUUUGACAAUACAAUCAGUGCCUUAGACCUGCAAACAGUAUAGGUCUCUAUUUCUGAUGCCACAUGGCAUAGGAAGAAUGAGUGCGCUUUGCUGAAAUUUAGCAGUGAACUAGUGCUUUGUGACUCUACUGGCUGUGUGAAAGUAGCAUUACUAGGUUCAAGCUAAACCUCUAGCCUAUAUUCCACUAAAAGUGUAGAGACUGUAAGGAAAAUGUAUGUAUGCCAAUAAAGCCCAUACACCACAA